AUGGGCCUGCCGCGGGCCCUCGCCGACGCCCGCGUCCCCGCGGUGGCGGCGCUCCUGUCGUGCGCCGUCCUCGCCCACUGCCUCUGGGCGGCCGGCCUCAGUGGAAGGGGCCGCCCGCGGCCAGCGGCCUGGAGCCUCGCCGGGCGCAGGCCUUCGUGGGCGAAGCCGGUCGCGGUCUUCGUGCAGGUGGGCAACCCGUCGGUGUGGCCUCCCCUGCAGGAGUGCUUGACGAACGUGCUGAUCGCGGCGGGCUCGGCCGCUCCUCCUCGCCGAGUGGACGUCUAUGUGGGCAGACCCGGUAGGGUGCCUGGCCAGAGGCAGAAGGCCAUCCAAAGAUGGUUGACGACGCCGCCAGUUGGGUGCAAAACUGGUCGGGGGCCCAGCUUCAUAUGA